CAACAUUUCAACAGACAAACGAAACCAGAUUCAACCAUAUGCGUUCUCAUCAGGGUAUUGCAAAACCAAAAAACAAUUAAUAUGUAUCACGCAUGGUGUUCUUGAAGAACAAAACCAUCUCAACAUGAGGCCAAGUCCCCGGACCGCUCGAUCAAGAUGGCCCAAGCGAAGGCCAAAGCGAAGCGUAUCGUCUUUCGCAUCUUCUACAGCACUUCCUUCACCAUCGUCUUCCUUAUCCUAAUAGCCUUCAUUUGUGUCACUCCCGCCGACGCGCUAUAUGAGUCCUACAAGAGACGGCGAAUCCUGGAUAUCUUCCUCAUUAGUGGCGCAUACGUUGUCACCGCCUUUUUCGCCUCGCUUGUUUAUGCUUCAAGAUGGUAUACCAAUCGCGCGAUAAUUAGAGGUAUACCAAAGACUUUUAUGCCCAUUGAAAAGGAGGAUCUACCAGGACGGAGAGUACACAAAUUGAUACAAGAGUGCUUGGAGAGGAGCGCUGUCAUUGCGUACCAAGCGCGACCGAGAAGCAAGCGGAUCGAACACGAGACGACUUUGGCCAGCGAUCGGGUUCUCACGCUCACCAAGUCCCGCAUCAGUACUGAUCCUGACUCUGAACCCAGAUGGGGCAGUGUCGAUCAUCCGGGCUGGUCAUCACCUGCCGCUCAAGAGAUGCCGGGUCUUGAAUACGCCGCAGUGAUCGACGAGUUAAUAGGUCUUAUCGAGGCAAAGGCAGUCAGCCUCGUGCCCGCAGAUCCUCUCACUGAGCCUAGAGACGAUGACACACCUCUGCCAGAUCCCCGCAUAGUUGAUCAACUCCUUUGGCGAGACUCAUGGAGCAUGCGGAACUACUUGGUUCACUUGAUCGAGAUCGACGUUGUACCGGAUUACGAUGUGACGGAAGAUUUCCUCUCCUCAUAUGAACGCGCUCGUUUCUCCGCACAACCGUUAUCGGAAUCGGACUUUCAGAACUUGAUGCGUCUGUUUGCCGAGUUGUUACGCAGCAUGAAAUCUGUGGAAGUCGACCUACUGAGUUUUGACGAUUCUUCACACCACUUCUCCUCUGAAACUACCAGCCUUGAUUCGCGCAUCAAGGCAAAUUCACAAAUUCAACGACCUACGCAAGAGACAGCUUCGAUUAUUUCAGCCUUCUCUGAAACUGGGUCCGUUCGAAGGCACCAUCAAAACGCCCACGCCCUUUACCAUCUCUCUUCGGAUGAUUCCGUGCCCUCGAUUGCGUCCGAGGACAGAGAGGCUCCCCAACACGACUACACAAACUUAAACAGCUACCGGGACGGAAAUGAGAGUGACGAUGAAUCAUCUCUAUCUAAUUCCGAAAGUCGCUAUUCCCUCCGGACCGCUCCGACUAAUAUCUCAACACCAGGAGUUGGCUCCCAGUCUCGACACGGCACCUCACUAGUUUACAACCACGGCUCUGGAUCACUCUCUCACACGCAGUCGAAUUCGACAUCGCGGAUGUUUUCCGCGUCGUCACAACCUCAAUCCCAAGCACACUCACACUCAAACCUUGUCCUUUACUCGCACCGGCCCUCCGCUCGAUCAGUCGCAUCGUUUGCCUCAUCCCGUUCCUACCGCGGUCGCAGGAACAGCACAAGCAGUCGAUCUCGCAGCGAGGCCCGGUCUAGUCCUACAGGAAGCGUGAUUCGUCUCGCGAGACCGGAUGAGGAUGAUGGGACUGGGCUGCCGUUCAGAUAUGUUCAGUAAUCAGGGUGGGCGCACGAUAUUCUGACGGGAACUGAACGCUUUAAAUUUGCCUGGUGAUUGUACCAUGAACGAUGAGUAAAGAUAAUCUUUAAUGUCCUGAAUAUAACUCUUUAGGCCGUAAUAGCGGCAACUAGUCGGAUCAAUGAUCUAUGAGAUACGAAUACCGAUAAUAUGUCACGCGUACAGGUUAGGUUUCAUAG